AUGACUGAUCAUCUUAAAGCUUCAACAUCUGCCGGAGCUUUCCGAACAUUAGCUAAUGAACUUAAAAGUCUACAGUCACAACCAGUUGAAGGAUUCACUAUAAAUGUUAAUGAGGAUAAUCUAUUUGUCUGGAAUGUAGGUAUAUAUGGACCACCAGCAACUAUAUAUCAAGGCGGGUAUUUCAAAGCUGUGAUACGUUUUCCUCAAAAUUAUCCUUAUGCUCCACCAACUGUUAGGUUUUCAACAAAACUAUGGCAUCCAAAUGUCUAUGAAAACGGAGAUUUAUGUAUAAGUAUUCUUCACCCCCCGGUGAACGAUCCUCAUAGUGGCGAGCUCCCCUGUGAGAGAUGGAACCCCACCCAGAAUGUGAGAACCAUUUUAUUGUCUGUGAUAUCUUUGUUAAAUGAGCCAAACACAUCGUCACCAGCUAAUGUUGACGCUUCUGUUGCUUACCGCAAGUGGAAAGAUGGAUCUGAUCUUGAAUAUGCCAACAUCGUCAGGAAACAAGUUGAGCAAUCAAAGUCUGAUGCCCAACUCGACGGGAUUCGGGUUCCCGAAACAUUGGAAGAAUAUUGUAUAAAGUCUGUGCCUACUCCCCAGGAUGAUGGCCUCGAUGGAUUCGAGUUGGACGAUGAUAUGUAUGACUAUGGAGAUGACAAUGACAGUGACGAUGAUUAUGCUGAAGACGAUGAUGUUGACUCUGGCCAAGGAGAAAAUUAA